AUGGCAGGUAUCCAGUUGCCCCCUCGUCUUCGCAAGGAAGGGCCUUUGAGUGCGAUGCCGGUGCCGCUGGCUCGGUUGGAGGAGAGUGAGGUUCCGCGGAGCAUUUUGCAUGACCCGUUUAUGUUCCUGGGUCCGUCUUUGAAUCGUUCGAAUUGUUCGCGUGUAUGUGACUUUACGUAUUGGACGGCACAGAAGCAGCAGUUUGUGCAGAAGCCGCGGACGGCAAUGGACACGGAGUUUGUGACGGUGGAUUCAAAGAAGGUGGCUAGCAAACCGCCGGCGUAUAAGAAGAACGUGCAGAACACGUAUGUGCAACGGCCGCCGCAGCAACGCAGUUACCAGUCGGGCGGUAAGAAGGACAAGCUGAGUGCGGCUUAUCAACGGCCGCAGCCGGUGAACCGGUUCGCGGUAAUGCGAGCGCGUGCAGUCGUCGGCGAGUAUGCCUGUCCAAUUGAGCCCGAAUGGGAGCACGUUACGGACGCCUCAUUGCAGCUGCUUAACGGGGCGACUAUCAACCCGAAGACUGUUCUGUUUGAGGACAUCAAGUUCGUCGGCCGCGUUCGGCACUUCAACAAACAGAUUGAGCUCAUUACGCCGCAAACAUCGGUGGACUUGCCGCUCAAGUACACGUCUCUCGGCGGUGGCAACAUGUCGCAUCAUAUACCCGGUACACGCGGAGACCCAAUUCUGUCCGAGCUGAUAAUGGACGAAAACGCCGGCGUGCAGGUGAUUGUGACCGACCAGCUGCUGAGCACGCUCAUGGCGGCGACGCUGUCCAAGUUCGGCUGGCAAAUCGACGUCUACAAGUUUGAGAACAAACUGAUUUUGGAGAAGUCCGAGCUUACCGAAAAUUUGGACCUUCUAACCAUCAACGAAAACGUCGCCAUAGAGCACAUGGGUGACUCCAAACAGCGAGAGGCGGCCAGGGAGUCGGCCCUGAUACAGGUUGAGUUCCAGCAGUACGCCCUCACCAGACCCGACGGCUCCGGUCUCGAGAGCAUUGCCGCAGUCGGACAGGAGGAAGAAAUUGAGUUCGAGGAAGAGUGGCAAGUGCCCGAACGUUUCUACCGGUACCGAUAUAUUACACUCCCGCCCGGACGCCCCAUCCCGGGUCACCAAGGUGACCAUUGUCGGAAACAGCCCAUCAAAAUGGCCGUCCGAGGAGAACUGCACUGCGCCCAGACCAAUGCCGACGGUGCCGUUGAGGAAUACCUCACAGUCCACUCUCUCAAUGAAGGGUUGAUUAAACUUACUGGGGAACCGUGGGCAAGUGGUCUUGAACGUCAGAAGGGUGCCCUGCUCCUAAGCGAAAUGCGCAAGAAUAACUGCAAAAUGAGCAAGUGGCUCUACGCCAGCAUAGUCGCAGGUGCUAACAGCAUGAAAAUCGGCUUCAUAUCCAAACGCACAGGUGACAACCGUAUCCUCACCGUUCAAACCAGUCGCAUUGGCGAUCUCGUCGUCCAAACCGGACUCAAAAUGGCCAACGGAUGGGGCACCAUUCGAGAACUACUUGACAUCAUUCUCAGCGACAACCGAGAAGGACGCUUCAUCAUUACAAAGGACGCACUCGGCGAAACCAUCCGAAUUCACCAUGUUUCUGUCGAAGUCGAAUCCGAAGAUUAA